AUUGAGAUGCCAGGCUGUGUAGAGUGCAGGAGACCCCCAGUUUGCCUCCAAACCAGUUACUGUGCUUGGAAAGACUGUCCAGGAGUAGGAAGGUCAUUGAGACUAAAAGCAGUGUAGUGUCUACUUGCUUUCCAUCUUUAAAACAAAGUCCACAGGAUCCAAAGGAUAACAUUGGGAUAUGAGGUAGCGACAGCGGAUUGGCACCAAACGAUCAAACCUUUCGGUCUCCCAGCAUGCAACAGCCUGUCCCUAUAUACCCACCUCCUGGCUCAGGCAAUUCAGUUGUUUUCCAAAGCUCAAGGCAGGAGCAUUAUAGAGAGCCCUAAUCAGGGAAACAUAAUCACAACUCACAACAACAAUGUUAUCACACAGCGCCCUACAAAAGGAAAGACGCGCCCAAGCCUCAGCCAUUAUGAAGGAAAUCCAAGGACCUGAGUCAGAUGGAUUUGACAUCGGAAAAAAGAUAAGUGUUCCUAGAGAAAUAAUGCUGGAGGAAUUGUCUCUUCUCAACAACCGAGGGGCAAGGCUCUUUAAGAUGCGGCAGCGGAGAUCUGACAAGUACACGUUUGAAAACUUCCCAUAUGCAAUGGCACCUCAGACCAAUCAAAACAUGAUUAAUCAGAAUGGGAAAACUGGAGGAACGUGUACUGAUUCUGUCCAGCAAACAGCCCCACAGACACCACCUAAUACACCAGAUCCUCGAAGCCCGCCGAACCCUGAAAACAUUGCACCAGGAUACACCGGUCCGCUUAAAGAAAUUCCACCAGAAAAAUUUAAUGAAACUGCAGUUCCUAAGUAUUAUAUGUCUCCUUGGCAAGAAGCGAUUGUGAAUGAACCAGACCUGCUAGAGGCUUUAUACCCCAAAAUGCCCACACCAGGACAAAAGAUGCAGACCCCUGACUACAGAAGUUUUAACAGGGCUGCCACUCCAUUUGGAGGGUUUGAAAACGCAUCCAAGAUGAUUACUUUCAAUGUUCCGGAUUUUGAUAUGAACAACCUAAUAUUUGAUAUGUCAACAAAUCCUCUUAGUUUAAGAAAAUCCUUUAACAGAAUAGCUCAUGGCUGGACAAGUGAGAACCCACAUAUUAUAGUCUCUUCUGACAUCCUCAUGUAUCCCAAUGUCCCAGAAACAGAUGAUCUGUAAAUUAAAGAGAUUUUUAUAACAAAAGUCUAAAGUUUAAAUUAAUUGUUUAACUGCCAUGUAGACUAAUUAUAUCAAAUAUUUAUCUGAUGUCCCUGAUUGCAUUUGUUAAUGUUAUACUAGCAGGUCUAACUACAUUUAGGGAUAUGGCAUGUGUUUUUUAUUUUCUUUACUUACUGGUAUAGUCAGUCUUUACCUUAUUUCAGAACCAUAAUGUUCAGCUGUAAGAUUAGUUGAACUUGGAUCCCUUGCUUAUUAAAUUGUUAUCAAUAAACAUACAA